AUGUCUAACAAUAUAGUGAACUCAUCCCAAAAUGAAAGUCGGGAAGAAAAAGAAAAACAAGAGAAAGCAAAAUGGGAUGACAAGGGAACUGAGGUUUUUAUCAAGAUUUGUGUUGCUGAGACGUUAGGUGGUAAUCGACCAAGUAGUCAUUUUAAUAAGGUUGGAUGGAAAAAUGUUAUAAAGAAGUUUAAUGAUAUUACUAAAAGGAACUACGACUAUAGACAAUUGAAGAACAAAUGGACUGGACUUAAGAAAGAAUGGCAGUUAUGGACAAGUUUGGUUGCAAAAGAGACUGGCUUAGGAUGGGAUCCUGUGAAGCAAACAAUCAAAGCUACCGAUGAAUGGUGGGAUAAGAAAAUAAAGGUGAAAUUUUUAUUUCCUAAAGCUAAUACUUAA